AUGGAAGCUGUAGCUGCCAAAUGGCAAAAGUUUGGAGCUGCCAGUAGCAAAGAUAUUGUGAAACUUUAUGGUGAAUGGAAGGAUGACCGAUCCCCUGCUAGCACAGAUCUGGUAGUAGAUUGGACACCCUCAAUGGACCGUUGUUUCAUUGACCUUAUGCUAGAGCAGGUACACCGAGGGAAUAAGAUUGAUAAUACAUUUGAUGUACAAGCUUGGGCACAUAUGGUUGCAUCAUUUAAUGAAAAGCUUGGACUCCAGUAUGACAGAUAUGUACUGGAAACUCGGUACAUAUGCUUAAUGCAACAGUACACCGACAUCAACGGUCUUCUCAAUCAGAAUGGAUUUGCAUGGGAUGAAACUCAGCACAUUGUUGUAGCAGACGACAAGAUUUGGGAAGCUUAUGUUAAGGAACAUCCGAAUGCAAUCUUGUACAGAAAUAAAAUCUUACAACACUACAAUGAUCUAUGUGUUAUCUUUGGAAUCGGAUUGAUGGAUGGACGUGUGGUUUGUCAGACUCUAGUUAAUGAAUUUGACCAUAGUCCUUUAGGCAUGGAGAUUAAUGAAACUUGUCAGCUUAAAAACCCGGUUAUGGGAAAAGAGACACCUAGUGGAAGGAAAAAGCGGUCAGCUGUGACACCAUCAGCCUCGAGCCGUUCUAGCAAAUUGCAGAAAACUGGCAAGGACAUACAAAAAAGUUUUAGUGACAUGGAAACCAUGGUCACUAAAUUGGUAAACAAGAAGGCAGACAAGAACCAUAUCACAAUAGAAAGUGCCAUUGAUGCACUUCAAGCCAUACCAGACAUAGAUGAUGAGCUUCUAUUAGAUGCUUGUGAUCUUUUGGAAGAUGAGAAAAAAGCCAAGACAUUUUUGGCAUUGGAUGCCACCCUGCGGAAGAAGUGGUUGCGUAGGAAGCUCGGUCGCUAG